AUGAGGGCGCAUACUCCUCAAGGUUUGGGAGAUUCUCAAAGGAGGAGAUCCUCGACUAGCGGCGGUAAUAGAAUGAGUAUGGGUAGUGCUAUUCCUCGUGCGCAAUCUAGGAUGUCUAUCGCACGACCAUCGAAUACUCAACCCAGUUUCGACUUUUUGACAGGCGCGGAGUCUACCCAUAGACCGCCAUCGCGAACAGAUCGAUUUCGCCAAUCAACCAGAACCAUUCUCGAUGAAUCUAGAAGAGAGCCAACUCACUCCGAGACGGAUCAAGAGGUGGAGAAAAGAAGAAAAGAAUUGGAUGAAUUAAAGGCCGAGGUGAAGACGCUGAAAUACACAAUUGAUAAUCACAAGCAAGAAGAAGAGCUUGCGAAGUUGAGGCAUGAAAAUGAACUCCGGGAUGCGACACGUAAAGCUGAAGAGGAUUUCAAGCACAAGCAAAUUGCAGAAGGAGAAAGGAACCAGGCAGUGAGGCAAUAUGAAGCUUUGGUUAAAGAGAUGAGUGAACUUCGCGACAAUUCAAGUAACGAGAAGAUAGCACUGGAGAAAAGAGUGCGUGAGAUGGAGGAAAGCAAGCGUCUCCUGGAAGAAGAAAUUGAGGAUGUGAAAACUGAGAGCGAGGAGGGGAGUCGUAUAUUGGAAAGGAGAAUCUCGGAGCUUGAAACGAGAAAUCAGACCUUACAACGCAGCGUCCAAGAUUUACAGGAGGAUUCCGAUCGAAGGGAAGCCUUGUUACAGGAUGUUCAGCAACAAUUGGCCGAAAAGGAUACAUCAUAUGGAGCACUUGAGGCUGAAGUCCUACGACUUAAGGCACAGACGGGAGAUACCGAUACACUGGAGGUGAUCAAGAGAGAAUUGAGCGAGCAAGUUACACACAUUCGAAACCUGGAAGCAAUGAAUCGAGAACAAUCGGCCGAACUAAAGCAUUACAAGAGACUACAUAAGAGUGUGGAGGUUGUUGAAGAAGAGAAACGAACUUUACAGAGAAAAGUUGAGGCUAUGGAUGAUCUACAGAAUGAGCUUGGAGAAGCAAGACUUCAAAGACAAAGACUUGAGGAUGAGCGUUUAGCAUGGACCGCAUACCUUCAGAACCAAAGCAAUGUUGAAGGUCAUAUUGAGUUUAAUUCCCCGGAAGAUCUAGCAAGAGCACUUGUUGAAGAAAGAAUGCAAACUGCUACUUUAGUGGAGCGACUUGGUGCUAUGGAGUCGGAGGUUCUUGACCGGGACAACAUUAUUGACGGGUUACAAAAUGAUAAGAGGUCUAUGAGCGAAGAGAUGGAGAAAGUCAAGGCGGCUGCAGGAAGCAGUACCAGCGGUGGAGAUGCUAAGGUUCGUUUACGAUUAGAGAGACAACGCGCUUUGGCCAUCAAGGAAGUUGAAUAUUUGCGAGCGCAGCUUAAGACUUUCGAUGCUGAAGAUGAAGCUUUCGGAGCUGGCGAUAAUGUCGAUGAUGCUAAAAUUAAACGCAUUGAAGAGCUCGAGAGUAUUGUAGAUGAAUAUCGUCAAGAGGUGCAAUCUCUCCAAAAUGACCUUACGACCGCCGAAUCAGCUCAACCCAACACAGCAACAACUCUUGCGGGUACCAAACAUCCACGAGAAGAAAACGACGAAAAUGAACGCAUUGGAGUUCUCACUAGGAAGAACCGUAAACUUCAGGAUACUAUCACAAGCCUUCAAACAUCACAAAAACUCCUCCAGAAAGAACUCUCUGUCACACAAGAACGUCUUACAGUCGCAACCACUCACUCACAGACUCGUAUUCUAUCCCUCCGUUCCAAUCCUACCUCUGACUUUGAGGCAAUCAAACUUUCCACCAUCACCGCCCUCCGUGCCGAAAAUGCAGAUCUCCUCGCUCAACUGACCACCAAUCUUCCUCCUGAUGCCUCAGUUCCUCUAUCUACACUUCAAACUCAACAAGACCUAGUUGCAGAAUCUCAAGCCGCACUCAAGGAUGAACGAACUCGAAAUGAUCGUCUUAAGAAAGUCUGGGGUCUGAAAUCUCAAGAAUUUCGCGACGGUGUAUCUUCUCUCUUGGGCUGGGACGCUGUAUUCAUGCCCAAUGGUAAAAUGCGCGUAACAUCUUUCUAUUACCCUUCUGUUGGUGAAGAAGAGAACAGUAUCGUGUUUGAUGGCGAAAGAGGAACAAUGAAGGUUAGCGGCGGACCGGAAAGCAAAUUUGCUGGAAGGAUAAUGGAAAACAUCAAAUUCUGGGUCAACGAAAGAGGUAGCAUUCCAUGUUUCUUGGCGGCGUUAACCUUGGAGUUUUAUGAGGAGAAAAAGGGAGAUGGAACUGUAAUGGUUGGCUGA